AUGCUUACUGUGAAGCAGCCAACAACGUACGGCUAUAGGUCCGUUCAUGAUUUGCCAACUCCUCCUUCAACAUCACGACCUUCUCCGCCUCUGAGCCAUUCGGAAGCAGUGUACAAACAUCACCAGGUCGUUUCUCGCAGCCACAGUCCGAGUAAUCAAGCCAUGUCGGCACCUCAUCGAGGGUUGCCGCCUCCGGCAGCUAUGGCACUUCCUCCGCAACCAGGCCCAUCUACAGGCGUUCCACCUCCGCAGCAUCAUGGACAUCAACAGCCGCCUCCUCCACCACCGCCUGCUGGUCAGGGCGGUCCCCAAGGACAGCCGUGGACAUCUUUGCCCCCUCCUCCGCAACAAUGGCACGGAUCUGAGGAGUCCAUGAGAAACUGGCUACAGGCUAGAGCCGAGGAAGAAAAAACGAAACAAGAAGAAGAGAAGACGCGGCAAGAGGGCCUUCGGCUGGAGCAACGAAGAGUGGAAAUGGAUAUUCUCAGAGAUUCUCUCAGAGGAGGGAUCCCUCCACCGAUGAUACCCUUGGUCUUUGCUGGCAUGGCCGCAGGCGGAACACUGUCACAGACGGCAAUAGAUUGGGCUCAGCAGUUCCUCGUGCCGUCACAGAGCCAGCAACUGCAACUGUUACCGGCACAGAGGCAACAUUCACCGGAUCCACACCAGAGGGAAGGCGCCUCUCAGGGACAAUAUCCUGGGGUAGCUGCAAACCCGGCACCACCGCCUGGUCCAGGAGGCUAUGGCCCAUAUCCAGGAUCACCUACAAGACCCCGAGGACAAACGGUGAGCGGUGUGGUAGGCCGAUCAGCUAUGCCUGGCGUUGGCGGGAACCCAUCGCAAUCUGGCCAACCUGGCGCUGCCGGCGUGUCGCCUUAUGGUUCCCAAGCACAUAUGCACACACAGCCAGCACCGCAGGAGUCAAGCCCUGGCUUGUACUUUCAUCAUUGGCAACCACCAGCGACGCAAUCAGGGAGCGGCAGCUCCAACAGACCGGGAACUCCGUCCGGAGAGUCCAGCAAGAAACGCAAAGCUACGGGGCCGCAGUUAUCCGGCACCCCUGGCGAGCAGCGACUUCGAUCUCCACCUCCAUUCAUACAGAGCAGCUUGUCAAAUCCUCCUUCAGGUCGAAAAGGAGGGCAUAAACGUCAAAGAAGUGACGUGCCUUGGUUUCGACCCUCGAGUCAUCACCAUCAUGUGGAGGACCCGGACCGUGGACCACGAUCUGUGUCACCAGGCCGAGACGUGAACCCGGAAUAUUCGAGAGAGAGAUACGGCACAGAUCCAAGCAAGCAUUCCGUAUCUACGCUACUUUCACACGAGCCAUCUAGACCGCAAUUUAGCCCAACUCAUGACAUUGAGAGGCCUAUGCCUCGGCGCCGUGACGAAGAAGGGCUCCAACGGGAGAGAACGCCACCGCGGACAUCUGAACAAGGUCGAUAA